CGAAUCCAGCCAUUGUUAUCAAUGAAAAAGUAGAUCUAUUUUUUUAUCAUAUAAGACAUUUUCUUAAGAUUGGUGGUGUUUUUAUUUGCAUUUUUGAAAAAUGGGAGAUCGUUACAAUAUUCAUACACAGUUAGAACAUCUACAGUCUAAAUACAUCGGAACUGGUCAUGCUGAUACCAAUAAAUGGGAAUGGUUAACAAAUCAACAUAGAGACAGUGCUUCUUCUUACCUUGGACAUUUUGACACUCUUAACUAUUUUGGACUUGUAGAAAAUGAAGCUAAAGCCAGAGUGAAAUUUAGUUUAAUGGAAAAAAUGCUCCAACCAUGUGGUCCUCCACCAAAGAGGAUUGAAGAUUAACUCAGUCUUACAUUAAGCACCAUUUUGUAUCAUAUGUUUUCAAACUUGUGUAGAACUCAUACCGAACACAGAUCAAUAGUUAUUCAGUUGAGAAUUGGUGUAAGCUUAUGUUGAAUUAUAAACAUUUGAAUUGUAUUAUCAUGUUAAGUUUAAAUAUUGGACCUUGAAGUUCUGUUAAUAUUAAAUGCAAAUUUUUUGUGCGGGACUGCAGUGUAAUGCUUAUGGAAGUUGACUAAUUGAUUGAUUUACAAUAAAAAGUACACCAGAGUCAUAACUAAGCAAUUUUUCAUUCAAAAGCACCAAAAAGAUAAACAGCUUUGUUUACAUUUGUGCCUAGUAUGCCAUUGGAAACCUUCUCUUUUUUAUAUACUUUGACACUAUUUUCUCCACAUUGCCCAUAUUUGAUUAAUAUUGACAUAACAUCAAGGGCCUCAAGUCAAGACUUAAUUGUCUGACAAUACCAGGUUGAAGUUUAUUUAUCUGGAAAAAAAUGUCCAAAUAACAUUGACCAUUUGUAAGCAUGAGAAUAGUCAUCAAAUCAAUUGCACUAUCCAUCAAAGUCAUAUUUCUCAUAAUGAGAAUCUCAUUAAAUCAUAAACUUACAUUCUACCGGUACAAGGUUUCUACAUUGACAAUCUACAACUCCUGUUUCACAUUACAAAUAGAGUUGUUUAUGGUCCCUCAGGAAUAACAAUAUAGUUACCAAGACAUUUCAGUGUCUGGUCAUAAGAUGAAGGGUUACAGCUGUAUAUUUUUCUUUUUUGUAUUUCAAUGAGAACUUCUUCAAAACAAUUCUAUUGAUAUGAUUUGUCUGUGAUGUAACAAAGUUUUGGUUCCACAAUGACCUGGUUCUGAAUUUACUUUUUAUCUAGGUGCAGAAAUGACAAGUGUCAAACUGGUGAUAAAAAUUUGUAAACUCAUUAAUGUACUCAUGAUUGUCAUUCCCAAUAAAAAUUUUUAAAAUAAAUUAAUUUUUUUCUGAA